UUCUCCCUGCCUCGACUCCCCCCAGCGUGGUUCCUGCUGUCUGGGCACCUUGCUGGUUGGUGCCUGGUCACCCAGGUCAGGGCUGGGAGCGGAAUCUGAGCUUGUGGCUUUUCACCAUUGUCCUGUUCUUGAGACCUCAGUACUUCUAAAACUAGUAAAGGUUUGUUACCGGAAUCCAAAUGGCUUUCUUGAAUACGCGAUUGGUUUUAUCCUUAACCCAUCUAAGCAGUGCGGUGCUCCAGCGACAGUUCAGUACCACUGGAGCAUGCCGAGCAAUACAGAAACUCACCCGCGUGCGAGUGGUGGACAACAGCGCCUUGGGGAACACGCCCUACCACCGGCCACCAAAGUGCAUCCACGUGUAUAACAAGACUGGAGUUGGCAAAGUAGGAGAUAAAAUCCUUCUGGCCAUCAAAGGAGAAAAGAAGAAAGCUUUAAUUGUAGGGCACAAGAUGCCUGGCCCCACCAUGACGCCUAGGUUUGAUUCCAACAAUGUGGUACUCAUAGAAGAUAAUGGAAAUCCAAUCGGGACUAGGAUAAAAACACCAAUACCCUAUAUCCUGCGACAGAGAGAAGGCGAAUUCUCCAAAGUAUUGGCCAUUGCCCGCAACUUUGUUUGAAAGCUAAGAGGGUUCUUCAGCCUGUUAUGUCCUGUAUGUCCUUUCAUACAGUAGAUGUUACUUGGUCAUUUUUUAGAAACUGAUGAAACAUGAAAAAGUUGAGGUUCAUCAAGAGUCCCUCCUCCUGUUUAAGAAUUAUAAGCAACUACUGUAAAUGUUGAAAUAGUUUCUUUUUUCUCCAAAAGAAGGUUGAUUUACUUUACAGAACAUCUGCAAUCUGUUUGGGAAAUUGUCCUUUACCCUUACUGUCCUAUGGUGUUAAUUUAGUUAGUCAUCAUUAAAACGAGAACAUGAAAACCUU